AAGCAGGCAGAUGGAGGGGGUGUCAAUAUGACGACAUUCUCAUUGCACUCUGCCAGCUAUAUAAUCCGCAGCUACAGAGAGACUGUGCAAACUGUGGUCCAGCCCGGGGCUCCGGCUAUCUGCAUCGUUCCUGUGUCUGCGUCACAACAGCCUGGGCUGAAGGAUUACCACUACUACCACCACCAUCAUCAUCACCAGCAGCAGCCGCACAUCCACAAUGGGUCCUGUGACGUGUUUACUGCUAGCAGCUGUCUGCAUGCAAGUUUCGGCCAUGCCGCUGUCCAGCCAGCUGUCUGAAGAAGAAGAAAAGGUGACAAGGUGCAUCAUGGAGGUCCUGGCAGAAUCGUUGUCUUCACCUGGGCCAGAGCGAGUCAGCAGUAGCUGCAUCCGAAUACUUAAAGAAGAUGAACGUCUGAUCUCCAUGUUGCGGCACCAACAUUUGCUCAGAGAACUGGAGGAUCUGACUCAUAGAGAAAAGUCUCAGCUACAUGCAGAAAGGGACAGUAUAGAGGAAGAAGAGCUUAAAAAGAGAGCGAAUGAGACUCCCAAAAGAGAUCCUGAGUCUAAAAGGGAAUCCGAGCAUGAGGGAUCCAAAGAGUAUGAGAAGAUAGAGAAGGUGCAGGUGAAGGAGAAAGAACAUGGCACAUCAGAUGAGGAGAAAGUUCACGAGAUGCUAGAGGAAGAAGAGGAAAAAAGAAAUGCCCCUGUUAAGAAAGGAGACGAUGAUAAAAGAAACGGGAAAGAGGCGAGAAGUGAUGGGGCAGCCAAGAGAAAAGACAAAAAACACUUCAGCGAGGAGAGCGAUGAAGACAGCUCAGAAGAACGGGAGCAUGAGAGGGGCCACCAAGGGGCCAACGAUGAGUGGUACCAUAGGAACCAUGAUGGAUGGGAAGAAAAAAAAAGAGCUUCACACAUAAGGAUGGCAGAGGACCCCAGUCUGGAAGAGACAGCCCAGUUUGAGUCUGAAGACAGAGGCAUGAAAUACUUUAACACCAAAACUCAUAUGAAUGGUUACCACGGGGAAGACAAGAGGCAUGUCCACCACCCAGAGGAAAAUGAAAUGGACAGAGAGAGAACCUAUUAUGGUCAAGGGGAAGAUGAGAUGGAAAGAGAGAGGCACCAUCACAAUGGAAGGCCUGGAAAUCACGAGCACCGAGAAGAGGAGGAGGAAGAGGAGAGAGAGUUGGAGGAAAUGGAAGAACGGGAGGAACACAGAGCUAAGGAGCGGGACAUCCAUGAGGUAGAGGAAGAACUAAGGAAGGCAGCAGAACGGCUGCAAGAGCUUCACCGGGGCUAAGAUAAUAAGAAGAGUGGACCUCAAUCUUCUGUCUUCCGGACUAUAACCUGCCAGCGCAUUGCACGUGUUCUUGUACCCUGUAUAUAAACAAUUCUUCCACAGUUCGUUGUACACUAUAAUCACAAUGAAGCUGUGUUUUUGUGGCUAUAUUAUAAAGUAAAGCUUUGGCCUGUUAAUACGCUCAUGACAGAUCCUGGCUUUGGAGUCACCAAGAUUACAUAUGUCCACAAUAUCCAGGCUUGUCAUCCUGAUAGUACCUAAUUGAAUUGAUUUUCAUAAUAAUAUUACUAUACUUCUUUAUCUUCUUUCUUUUAGAAAUAUUUUGUUCAUAAAUUAUAUUACAAUUAGCUUUACAGAAGCAAUGUUAGGUACACAUUAAGUAAGAAGGUCCCAGUCAGUAUGGGAGAUAUAUCGUCAAUACAACAUCUUCUCAAAGUCAUGACUGUCCGGUGAUAAUCUUCAUUUUGUAGUGAGAACCAAAUAAAAAUGACACUUUCAGGGUCCAAGUA